AUUGGUUUUCAGAUAUAAAAUGAGUGAUCUUAAAGAUGACACAAAUCCUGAUAAACUUAUCGAGGCAACAGAAAAUUUAGAAAUUUCCGAAGGCGGGAAGAAAAAAAAGAACAAGAAGAAGAAGAAGGUGACUGAACCGAGUGAGAACGCUGAGAACCUGGAACCCCAGGAGAACGAUGCUGAUGCCCCCACCACCAAUGAGGGGGAUGAAGAGGAAAAGACUAAGAAGAAGAAAAACAAGAAUAAAAAGAAAACCGGGAAAAUUCAAACAGAUCCACCAACUCUACCCAUCAGUUCUCUUUUCCCAUCAGGAAACUAUCCUGAGGGUCAAAUUAUGGAACAUCCUAUUGCCGCGGACGAUCAAAAGGCUAAAGACAGGUUCUCUAGUGAGGAAGCUAGAGCAAUUGACAGGCUCCAGCUGGAUAUGUACAACGAUGUCAGACAGGCAGCUGAAGCUCACCGACAAACCCGUCAACAUAUACAGAGAUGGAUCAAGCCUGGGAUGAAAAUGAUUGAUAUCUGUGAGGAGCUGGAGAGUACUGCCAGAAAACUUAUAAAUGAGAACGGAUUGGAAGCUGGGUUAGCUUUUCCUACUGGUUGCUCCAGGAACAACGUUGCUGCCCAUUAUACGCCUAAUGCCGGAGAUGAUACUGUUCUAGAGUACGACGAUGUUGUAAAACUAGAUUUUGGAACUCACAUUAAGGGAAGAAUUAUUGAUUGCGCCUGGACUUUAGCAUUUAAUGAGCGCUAUGAUCCUCUGCUGCUAGCGGUCAAGGAGGCUACGGAGACUGGUAUUCGUACUGCAGGGAUAGAUGCACGAUUAUGUGAUGUCGGAGCAGCUAUUCAAGAGGUCAUGGAAUCCCAUGAGAUUGAGCUUGACGGGAAAACAUACCAGGUUAAAUCCAUCCGAAACUUGAACGGUCACUCAAUAUGCCCGUAUCAGAUACAUGCGGGCAAAUCUGUUCCAAUUAUUAAAGGCGGUGAAACUACACGGAUGGAGGAGAAUGAAUUCUACGCCAUUGAAACCUUCGGGUCCACUGGGAAGGGUCACGUCCAUGAGGAUAUGGAAUGCUCUCAUUAUAUGAAGGAGUUUGACGUCGGUCAUAUACCCCUCCGUCUGCAGAAAUCCAAACAGCUUCUCAACGUAAUUAAUAAGAACUUUGGAACUCUCGCCUUUUGUCGUCGUUGGUUGGAUAGACUCGGAGAAACAAGAUAUCUAAUGGCACUGAAAGAUCUAGGAGAGAAGGGAAUAGUAAAUCCUUAUCCUCCUCUUGUUGAUAUUAAAGGUUGCUAUACAGCUCAGUACGAGCACACUAUUCUACUCCGCCCGACUUGUAAAGAAGUAAUCUCAAGAGGGACGGAUUACUAGUCAACUCUAGUUCAACUAAUAAAUUUCGAUCACGCUGAUAUCCGUUCAUUUUCCCAUUAACCCUGUUAUAAACUUUCACAAUCCACAUCUUCCUUCCAUCCAGAAUAUUAUUUUUUUAUCCAGACAACGUGUCUUUUCGAUCCAGAGAACGUGUCUUUUCAAUCCAGACAACGUGUUUUUUCGAUCCAGACAACGUGUUUUUUCCAUCCAGACAACGUGUCUUUUCCAUCCAGACAACGCGUCUUUUCGAUCCAGACAAACCCUUUGUUCCAUCCAGAAAGCAACCCUACAUUUCCUUCAAGACAACCCUCCCUAUUUUAUAAGACACCACUUCAUUUUCUAUAUGCAAACACGUCCUCUCUUAAUAACAUCCCUUCCUAAAUUUCAAGACAACCCUCCUUAUUUUAUGAGACAGUAUUUCCUUUCUUAUAAGAUAAUCUUCCCAUCUUAAGAGGCAACGCUUCCUCUCUUUUAAAAGCAAGCCUUCCUUUCAAGACAAACAUAUGUUUUAACAACCAUCACUUUCUUUGAAGUUAACUCUUCCUUUCCUACAAGGACGACCAUACCUUAAUGUUAAGAACAACUUCCUUUUAAUAACAAUGCAACCUCUUCCGCGACAACCCUUUCUUUUCCUCCUUCCGUUCACCAGACGCGAAAGUCUUGCCAGUGGGACAGGAGUCAGUGCUUCCAUCGAAAGACGACGGAUAUAGAUCAGGAAAUUUUCUCAACUUGCUUUGAAUGUGAUUCACUGUUGAAUUUUUUUUUGUAAACAUUAAAUAUUUACAUUUAA